CCCACCACUCACCACCCAUCCAUCCAUCCCACCUUCACCCCCGAUCGUUUUUCCCCGUCUUCCCCGAACACCAACAGUCCAUCAUCCAGCCAUCCACCAGUCCAGUCCACCGCACGAUCGCUCUCCCGACAUCCCGUCCAAAGAAGGACGAACCACAACCACACAACCUGUCCUGCGCCGCCCUCCGAUGCCAAUCUAAGACAAGACGAGACAAGUUCUAACGACGCCGAGCGUCCACGCCUAUGCCUACGCCUACGCCUACGCCAUACUCCCACUUGAUACUCCGUACCCAUCAACAUCAUCGUCGUCGUCUGCGCCUCUCCCGACCGCCUUCAUCCCCCUAGUGCCCCCAACAUCCCCCCUCCCCUCAUUCUUCCUCGCUCGUCUUCGUCACCCCCUUCCUCGGUUGCCUUCCCUCCUCAUCUGCCGCAUUGCCCAGUCACCAUUCACCACCACUCACCAAGCCAGCCCGUCCAAGGUUGCUGAUCUUUUUCUGCCCAUCUGCUUUCUUUCCCCCUCCCAUCCCAUCCUAUCCCAUCAUCUCAUCCCCCCUUUCUUGGUGGUCUAAUUAGUGCAGGUAACCCGUCCGUUGCCACCUCUAACUACUUUCUUUUUGUCCCCCUCCUCGGGACGGGAUGAAACGGCCAUGUUUCUACGUUGCACGACUACGGCCCUCAAGACAUCUCCAUUUCUUCCAUGAGACUUCCGGCCGCCAUGUCCCACCUCCAUCCAACACACAAUUGACUUCCGUCGCCCGAUCCCUCAGCUGAAGCUUGAGCCCUACCCGCCUGGAUCUGGAGCUACAGCACCGCGUCUCCACCGGAACCCCUUUACAUCCUGCACAACCCAAGCUUUCCCCCAAGCACGCCGCACCUAUCUAAUACCUAGCACUUUGCCCCGGAAGCUACACCCCGGUUUAAGCAACCCGCUACAAACUUCCGUCGCCCCUCAGAGCCGGGAGACACCUGCCAUCUCCACCCAGGCCUGACCUGACUUGGAGGCCCGACGUGGAUCACUCCCCGCUGCUCUGCUGCUGCUGCGCCCGCUGCCGUUCUGUCGCUACGCAGUAAAGUCCUUUACUGUGGUCUGGUCCCCUUCUGACCCUUUCAGCCAUUCUCCGCCCACUGCAGCGCAGCAUCAUGCUGCGUCGCUAUUGAGAGGUUCCUUCACCUUGCGCGCCAUGACCUCCAUCGUCAACGGAGCGACCCCCGCGCCCAAGCAGAUCCGCUUCGUCACAAACCAAGGCCAUCCGCCAUCAAAAAGACGCAGGAUCAACGCCGCAUGCCUGACCUGUCGCAAACGAAAGACGAGAUGCGCCGGCGAGCGCCCCAGCUGCUCAACUUGCGCCAAGAACGGACACACCUGCUUGGGGUAUAAUGAAGUGAUUGAGAAGAAAUCUUCAAGUGGCGCCAUCGCCACCCGGGAUCCCCACCAUGACGAGGACGACGACAUAGAGGAAGACGAGGAGGACGACGAACAUAUCCGGGAAGAAGAAGGGGGAAACCCCGACAAGAGGAAGCAUGGAAAGAACACCGCUACCGGCCGGCGCCCCUCUGGAUUCAAAUCGGAAGGCGAACAACCUCCCAAGAACGUUGUCGACACCAAUGCGGGCCACUCGCCGACCUUCCUGCGACGUUCGUCAGAACAUAGCUCUCGUGACCAAGACCAGAGCUCUCGACCUCGACGACCCUCACAUCCUCGCGCAACAUCCUUCUCCGACGAUGCACGCAGUACACAGAGCCGCUCUCCUGUGUCGCAUCAUACAGAGCGUCACAGGGUGCCCUACUUCCGCUACUUUGGCCCGACAGCCAUCGUUCCCGGCUACAAGCAGAUGGUGGUGUCCGUACGGGACCGCAGGCGAAGCACUGGCGGCUCUGCCGGGGCUACAUCACCAAGCUCAGGUUCCAGUGUAGUUCAAUCUAUGGGAAUGGCUCUGUCAGGUAUACCUCAGCAUGAAGAGGUCGCUGUUGCCGACGAGGACCUACCAGUUUACGAUCCCAACGACCCUGCGCCAGUCCAUCCCCUAGUUCUACACCUAGUCAAAACCUUCUUCUUGCAUUUGGGCUGCAACUAUCCCUUCUUGAAGGAGGGUAACUUCACCCGCAUGGUCAAGGAGAAGCGUGUUGAGCCUAUUCUUGUCGACGCUGUGUGCGCGUUGGCUGCCCGUUUCUCCGACUUGCCACAACUCGGGCAUAGCAAAGACGAAGAGGCGUCUCAUGCCGAACAAGGCCAGUUUUACGCCCACAGAGCAAAGGCUGCCACUGUUGAUACUUUCCCCUGUCCGUCUGUAGGCGCUGUUCAGGCGCUUUUGAUGAUGGCGUACGAAGGUUUCGGGGCAGAUCAAGACAGUGCUCUGUGGAUGUACUUGGGUCUGGCCAUCCGCAUGGCCGUUGACUUGGGCUUGCAGAAGAUGGUCGGCGUCAUAUACCAAGGUGAAAGAGACCCCUGGUACACUCGCCACGGAGACCAAGCAAGCAGUGAUGUGGGAGCAACCGACGGUCCACAAGAGGACGACAACGGACUCACCCGCGAAGAGCAGCUCGAGGUUGAGCAAGAACGUACCGACACGUUCUGGGCUGUUUUCGUUCUUGACAGAGUAAUAUCUUCUGGAACAGGCAGGCCUGUGACAAUUCGUGAUGACGACUUUGAAUUGGCUCUGCCAGUAUCAACUCUUGACCCGGCAUCGGGUUGGCCAGCCCCUUUCCCUGUCUUCAUCCAGAUCAUCCAUCUUUACGGCCGUGUAUCCGACGUUUUGAACAAUAUUCGCAACGCAAAUGAUCUUACCUCCGAGAAAUGGGCAAAGCUUUCGCGGAUGGAGCAUGAGCUGACGAAGCUCUACCAAAAGCAAGAUCCCCGGCUACACUUCAGCGUCUCCAAUUUCAAGACGUACUUGAAGUUGGGACAGGGCACAAACUUCAUUCUUCUUCACUUCUGGUUCCAUGCGCUCAUCAUUAUACUGCAUCAACCUACUCUACUGACCCCCUUUGGCUCGUUAAGGAGCACACAUCAGCUUCUACCUAACAGUCGCGAGCUUUCCAUGUCUAGCGCCAAGACGAUUGCCGAUAUUCUCGCCUUUGCAGAACUCAUCGACCCCAAGAGCUUCAUAGGAAACCCGUUUACAUCCCAGCCAAUGUACAUUGCUGCAUGCGCUUUCUUAAUGGAGUCUAUCGCGAACGCCUCGAACCCCACGUCGCGAGAAACAUCUCCGCCAAACGAGCCCAAAACGGAGGGUCAGAGACAAAAGUCAUCCUCGCAUGAGCAAAGAAUGUCUACUAAGCACUCUCUCCUCGCGUCGGCUGCCAACCAAAAUUACUCUCGUUGCUACAAGAGCCUCCAGCAACUGCAUAAGUAUUGGGGCGGAGUCAAAUACAUCCUCACAGCGCUCGACCAGAAGUCCAAGGGGAUAUGGGACUGUGAGACGUACACCAACGAGGAGUACGAGAGCGCCCGACUGCCUCGCCGAGGCUCAAUCGGCGGGCGUUUCCCACAUCCAUCGACGCCCAAUAUGCCGCCAAUAGCUUGGUCCCUCACGGGCACGACAAACUCACCAAACUCGAGCCUAACGCUCAUGUACCAGAACAUGCAUGCCAAUCAGUCUGGCCAUCACGGCUCCGUGCAGCCUCAACAAUCCAACAAUCCCGCAUCUGCGCCUACACCACCUGGGAACAUGAUAUAUGACCCAAUCCGCCAGAGCUUGCCCGAGACGGCUCCCCAUUCCAUCUUUGCUACUGCAUAUCCCCAACCAGUUAUUUCUGCCAUGCGACAGACGUCACGUUCUCACCAUACGCAACGCUUGUCGACAUCAUCCAUGAGCCCGCGUAAUCAAGGAAGAGGCCAUUUGCAGUUUGAAGGCAUCCAGGAAGAGCAAAAUUCACCUCCAACACGCCAUGCCGGGCCAAUGCUAGCUGCAACUUCGCACACUCAGCAACCGACGUCUUUCACACCUUCGUCACACAACUCGGCAGGAUAUGACCACUCCAUGAUGCCGUCGGUCUCGCCAUCUGGCAAUAUGCACGAUGCGGUAUCGCAACAGCAUCAUAGCGGGCAGCACAUUGCUUUCGAUCCUACGUACGCCAACGCAACGUACUCCUAUCUUGGCCAAGGCAUGGGUCCCAUCACGGAUGUCAUCACCUUUGAGAAUCCGAUUGAUAUUGGAGCAUUGGGGUUGCCAAACGAGAUGAUGCCACCAUGGUUGGAAUAUCUGCCUGGAGAUGUUUUGGGUCUAUUCGAAAAUAACAAUAUGGAUCCAGGCUCAUAGGUAUUCACUAUCUUGUUGAUAUAGCCGGAAUUACCAUCAUCUACGGCUAUGUUGCAUCUUUUUGCCGUUCCACAGAACUGGACCGUCAUUUUACAUAUACCCUCAGAAGUACGAUCAAUCGGCAUACUACGAGCCGGGGCUUGCUUUGGCGAUAAAAAUCUAGGUGUUGGAAUGGGAACGAAAAGAAUUAUCGGCGGGCAAUGUUUUGCAAUAUAUCGAGUCAUUUGAUGAUAACGGUCUGAGAUGUGGUAUAGCAUUUUGGCCGCGUAGUAUUCAGCGGUGCUAACAUGUAUUUUUGGCGCUGUAUUAUUUUAUCCCGAGUUUGUAUUUUUUAUGAAGUCAGGAUUUUCCGGCGUAUUUUCUUUUUUUUCAGCAUUGUCUCUGGGACACCAUUGGUAUCGGGAAUCAAAAUUCAUGAUAUUGACACGGGAGCACUGUUGAAACUUCAGUUCAACUGCCUUGAUAGACGUCUCGAGCUGACUUCCAUAGUUGUUCACGAAUGCCUCACGUUUGUCGGUAGUCGGCAGUUUACCCGGAGGCAUCGGAGCAGCGGAGUCGGAAGAUGCUUGGCGGCUGGGUGCAGCCGGAGAGCUUCCCGAGCUUACCUCAUCCGCUAGAAGGGCAGGUGAGAGGAUGGCGAAUGUUGAGUCAUGAUGGAGGGCGGCUCUGACGCAGAUGUCGAAAUCUACACCAAGCCGGGCAUCACAACGCUGUUUCAGGGACGUAAGAUGUACGGAACAAGACUUGGGCUCUGGUGGCCUCGAUGUGCG